AAAAAAAAAAAAAAAAGAAAGAGAAGCCAUGAGAAGAAGAGUCACAGAGCUUAUUCGUCUCUCUAUUUCCCUGCACUCACCAAUAAAGCACAAUAACCCUUUAUCAAAGUCAGCACCACCCUCUUCUUUCUUUCAAACUUGUACUACUUUCUCAACCUCCAUAACCCCUCCUCCUAUCGAAGAACCCAACACCUCACCAUCAAAGUCUCAAAGGGACUCACUCAUUUUGGAACGGUUCAAGCAAAGGAAACUCAAAGGGUCUUCAAAAGACUCAAAGGGUGCCCCCCAAGGGUGUUCAUCUUCAGUGCCGUCAAGUUCGGAUUUUGAUGCCGGGAAAGUGGUUCAAAGGGGUUUGCAGAAUGAGAAUGACCCCACCAUGGUGGUGGCAAGUUUGAAGGAGUUGGGUGUGAGUGAGGAGCUUGUUGAGGUCAUGGAGGGGAUUGGGGAGUUUGUUCCUAGUGAGAUACAGUGUGUGGUUGUUCCUGCUGUUUUGGAAGGGAAGAGUGUGUUGUUGAGUGCACCAUCUGAACCUGACAGAACCUUGGCCUUCUUGUUGCCCCUUAUUCAGCUGCUAAGACGGGACAGAGAGUUACUUGGUUCAAAUUCAAAGCAUCCGCAGGCCAUUGUCCUUUGUGCUACAGAGGAGAAAGCUGCACAGUGCUUCAAUGCUGCAAAAUAUAUCAUCGAUAAAGCAGAAUUGAAGUCUUUAAAGGAUGGUGCUUCACCAAAUAACGGGAAUGCUUCAAUUGGCCUCUUGAUUGGAACUCCUUGUGAGAUUCUUCAAUACAUUGAAGAGGGGAGUGUUGUUCCUGCUGAAUUAAGAUACUUGGUGUUGGAUGAGGUGGAUUGCAUGCUUGGUAGUGGCCUUGAUCCUGAAAUCCAUAAAAUUCUCAGACCAUUGCAAGAACAUGAGUCAAAAUCUUCUGUCAAAAGAUUACAAACUAUUUUGGCAAUUUCAACUAUAGCUGAGGUUUUGGGCGAUCAAUUCCCUGUUGUAAAGCAUCUAGAGUGUGAUCAUGCAGGAAAUAUUUCUGCAAUGUCUUUAGAAAUGGAACCAACAGAAGUCUUUCAUUUCACAGAGUCUCUUCAGGCUCUUAGGAAAAAAGUGGCAGAGGCCAUGGAUUCCCUUUUGAAACAACAGUAACAUCUUGGUUUACAAAGUCAAAACAGGUUUUAUGAUCUUUCUUAUAGCAACUGAUGAGUUGAUUUUGCCUUUGUAUAUUAUCAUCAUGUUCUUCUAACUUUGAGGUACCUAAUAGACAAGUACCAUACUUUUA